AUUCCUCAGACGUCACUCCAUCUCGAGACAUUCUUCCCCAGACACAUAACCAGGACCUCGCGCUCCCCCCUCCGUUCUCAUCACCAUGGCCCACACUCGAGCCCAAACAGCGGCCCAAAGGGCGCUCCUGUCGCCAGCGUCAAAUCAUCAAGGCAGUUCUCGAAAGCGCGCAAGCAGACACGCUGAACGCAAUCGCCUGCGUCCAACUAUACCCAGCGAGACGCCGACGGCGCCUGUCCAGAGCAGAGGUCGUAGGCACCCGGACCCAGAGCCAGACCCGAAGCGACGAUGGACAUCCCCUCCACGCCCUGCGGAAGUCGCAUUUAGCGAGCCAGCGAUUGGCAGCAGUGCCCACAAACACACUGACCCGGAGCAGGACUGGCCGGAAGAAACCUCAGAGACGGAUCUCACCAUGGACCAUCUCCUUGCGCGGAAGAAAUCCUCGUCCAAUCUGUCCCGGAAGCAAUCGAACUCGGCGACAUCCACGACACCCAGCGACCAAAAGCCGAGGGAUGAGAAGAGCGCACCGUAUCGACACCAGCGUUAUGAGACCCUUCUCGAGGUUAAAGGCAGCUAUAUGACCAAAGCUCCCCUAGGCUUACCAGUUCCUGGCGAUACACUCUUCCCAGAUGACAUCUUCGAAACGAUAUGCCAGAGGAUACACAAUAGAAAUAAGGCGCGAGUGAUUCAGGAUAUUAGUCGGUUGAUUGUCCCUUCAGCCGAAAGUCUUGCUACUUUUGGUACAAAGCACCUUGACAUCUUGACGGAGAGCGUUAACGAAGGAUGGAACAACUCGAUCCCUUUCACCAGCACUCGUCCCCAGCCUGACUACUCUGUGAAGUGCGGCGCCGCGGCGCUCGACAUUGCAGACCGUCAGAACGCCCAUAGCAUGACCCUUGCGGUGCCGGGUAUCGUCGAGCUUUUCUGUGCUGUCAAGCGCGAGGAUGAAGUCAACAGGAAGAUCCUCGCCUUUUCCGUCUCGCAUGACCAUACCUCGGUCCGGAUCUACGGCCACUACCCAGUGAUAGCCGGGAAAGACACCAAGUACUACCGCCAUCCUAUCCACAAAUUCGACUUUACCGCGCUUGACGGAAAGGACAAAUGGACGGCAUAUCGGUUCACGAAGAACGUAUACGACAUAUGGAUGCCCAAGCAUUUCGAGCACAUCUGCUCUGCCAUCAAUCAGCUGCCGUCGGAUUUGGACUUUGAUGUCCCGCCGCUUUCUAAGGCGACCGGGCUUUCCCAGGAUUUGAGAGACUUGAUGCAGUCAGAUGCCAGCUGCGCUUCUAUACCUGACGAGCGGGGCAGCCAGUCGAGCAAUGUCGAGCCGGAAGCGGACACUCCAGGUACCUCAUUCAGUGAGCCGAAGAGGAAUGAGCCGAAGAGGAGGAAAGGAUAA